UUUAGUUGACCCGUCCACUCUCUUCCGCUCUAAACCCAAUAGCUAGAGGUCCAAAUUCCUUGAAACAAACAAACAACACAGAGAAUACGAUAGAGCUAUGCUCCGCUACAAAGACGAAGACCGAAAUAUCGGGUAAUGGAGCUAGCAUUGGUAUCUAGAACUGCUAAUCAUGCAGCGACGACGUCGUCGAUAAGCGGGAGAAUUGGCGGUUCAUCGAGAAUCAGUGAAUUUCCGGCAAGAAAGAGAAGACUUAGCUUCAGUGAUGGAGACAAUAAUAAAGUCCAAACACGGUGCGCUAAAGCCUCUACGGAGAGGAGCAGUGAAGGGAUAGAAGAAAGAAAAAGCACGCCCGGAGGAGGGUUCAGUGGAAGUGCAAUGGAAGUGACCACAUUUGAUCGGAGCUUUGGCGAUGCAGAGUUUCCUGUUUGGGAGAAGAUUGGCGCUGUGGUUAGACUUAGCUAUGGAAUCGGUAUAUAUGGUGCCAUGGCUCUAGCAGGAAGAUUCAUAUGCUCAAUCACUGGAAUAGAUAGCACGGGAGGUUUUAAUCCAUCUUUAGAUGCCAUUUUAGAAGGACUUGGAUAUGCAUCUCCACCAAUUAUGGCCCUUCUCUUUAUAUUAGAUGAUGAAGUUGUAAAGUUGUCACCUCAUGCUCGAGCUAUCAGAGAUGUAGAAGACGAAGAACUUAGGAGCUUCUUUUAUGGGAUGUCACCUUGGCAGUUUGUCUUAAUUGUUCUUGCAAGUUCAGUGGGAGAGGAGCUUUUCUACCGAGCUGCCGUUCAGGGAGCAUUGGCUGAUAUAUUUGUAAAGGGUACCGAUUUGGUAACAAAUGCUCGAGGAAUGGCAGUUCUGACUGGUGUGCUGCCUCCAUUUGUUCCAUUUGCUCAGGGGUUUGCAGCUGUAUUGACAGCUGCUCUUACAGGUUCUUUGUAUUAUGCAGCCACCUCCCCAAAAGAUCCUACCUAUGUAGUUGCACCAGUUCUACAAUCUCGGUCUGGCCGUGAUGAUCUGAAAAAGCUAUUUGCAGCAUGGUAUGAAAGACGGCAAAUGAAAAAGAUCUACUCUCCGCUCCUAGAAGGACUUUUGGCUCUAUAUCUUGGUUUCGAAUGGAUUCAAACAGGUAAUAUUCUGGCGCCUAUGAUAACACAUGGCAUAUAUUCAGCCGUUGUACUGGGACACGGCCUCUGGAAGAUUCAUGACCACCGACGAAGACUACGCCAGAGAAUCCAGCAGCUUAAAAACGAUGAAAUAAACUCCAAUAGAACAUGAAGAAACUGUUAAUGGAGCAGUAAAGAGCAAGGAGGACAUUUGUGACACUUAACUGAUGUUUGUAUAAUUUACGAGUACCUUGUAUAUGAAUAGCCUACGAGUACCUUGUAUAGGAAGCAGUAUAAUAGAAGAGGUAAAUUUGUACACAGACAUCUCAUGGGUUACAUGCUUCAGUUUUUGACUUUGCUCAACCCAUUUGCUUGUAGGAUAAAAAAAAAAAACAAAAAUACUGAGCGCCUGAGUGUGAAAUUUGUGAUUCUCUUUAUAAUGGAGAACAAAUGUAUGAAAUUAAAAUGGAAAAUUGACUUUAGUAAA